AUGUAUAGAAGUUUUAAAUCUUCAUUUAUAUUUUUUAUUAUUUUAAUCAAUAUCACAUUUUCUUUCACUCUAAUUAGUGAAAGAUGUAGAUUAUGUGAAGGGGCUAUAAUGAUAAUCUAUGGAUUAGGAAAUAAGUAUUUUAAUUCAUUUGAUUUACAUAAAAUUACUACAAAAUUUGGAGUAUCAUUUAAUACCACUCAACAAUUUAUUGAAAAUGAAAUGCCAUAUAUUACUGAAAAUUUAAAAAAUUUUGACCAAGAUGAAGUUUGUUGGAAAUUAAAUUAUUGUGAAUUUUAA